AUGAUGGAAAAAAGAAAAAAAAAGCGAAAUGAUGAUAACGCCCGUAACGUUUAUAAACUUAAAGAGUUGCUCGCCAAUGAUGAGAACACAUCUGCUUGCGUCCAGUGUUGUGAAAGAAAUUCAUACGAAACUUGUAACAACAUUUUACAAUAUAUAAAAAAAGAUUUGAACACCCCCUUGUAUGUCCUUGACAUUGCCAGUAUUUAUAAUCAGGACAACAUUGCAAAGUUCGUUAAAGACGUAUUUGCAGAGUUUGUAAAAUAUAUUAAAAAAGAGAAAGUGCGCAAGUCGGUCCUAUUUCUUCCCUACUUUGAUGACUGGGUAGUGUCCAUAAGGGAGGACAGCAAAGAGAAUCACUAUGGCGAUGAUGAAGAUGGCGAUGCCCAUGGCGGCAACCAUGAACCAGACGAAUCAGCAAAUUUAUUCCAAAAGGAUGAUUGGGAAAAAAAAAGGAACGCACGAGUUGUCAAUAUGCAUAUAUAUAACUCCAUUUAUUAUUUAAAAAAUAAGUUGCUAAAAAAAUUAGGCAACAAAAAGAUUUGUGUUAAAUUAAUCGGUUUACACAAAACAAGGGGGGCUUUCGACUUAUAUAAUGACCUCUUUGAUUGCAAGAUAAUUAUUUCCCAUUUUGUCAGCACGCCCAUCCCAUACUACAUUCACAUGAAUGGAGCCAUCCACAGAAGACUGUCAAGGAAGAAAAAAAUUUCGAUCAAAGAUGUGUGCUCCGUUUUGUCUAGGAACGUGGAUUAUGUUGACAGUGCCUGCGAAAAAAAUGUAAAUCUGUUUAAAUGCUUUUUUGCAUAUUAUUACAAAUUUCAAAGAGUUGUUAUAAGAAGGUCCAGAAAAAGGAGACAAAGGACAAACUCGCAAAUGAUAAACGUAAAUGCUCAAAGAGAAAGUCAAAGUUGCGAAUCUUUAAGUACAAAUUUUAAAUGGGUAAAUUGCUUCACAAAUUUGAAUUAUUUUAAGUAUCUUAGAAAGUAUAAAUAUUUUUUAACAAGUAAAAAAAAAAAAAAAUUCACGAUUUUCCUUUUCACACAUAGUGACACAUACUUUUGGAAACAUAUUAGAGAACGAUUGUACUCGCCUUUUUUUAUAAAAGAAUAUAUGUGCACUCUUCUUAAAAGGCACACAAAGUUCAGUGCCACUUGUACCUGUCCAAAGGGUAGCGUUGAGGGUGCUGACAUGCCCGGGGUGGCUGACAGUGUAGACGCCACAACAGGAAACUUCACUCCUAUGAACAACAGUAAUAAAUACUAUGCUGUCCAUGAUAACCAAAAUUACUGCCACAAUGGAGACAACUGCCUGCAUGUGGAGCCCUACCCAGUCAAUUAUGCCAAACAAUGGGUAGACCAAACAUUAAUAUGCAGUAGGAUUAUUCGAAAGGGGACAUAUGAGAAUCAUUUGGCGCCUUUUAGGAGACGGUUCAUACUGAAAAAUAGGUACCAGCGUGAUGAUAAGUACUGUGUGUACAAUUCGCGGCCAAGAACUGCAUUAAAAUUUUAUUUUAGCAAAAUAAAUAUACCGAACAUUUGUUUGAUAUAUGGGGGCAGUGGAGUGGGGAAAAGCACCUUACUGCAAUUUUUAGUUCACAUCCUUAGCUCAAAUUAUAAGGACAUCUCGUUUAGCGAAAAAGAAAUGGCCCUUUCACUUCACAGCGCAGAUGAAAGGGAUGCAGGCGACGUGAGCAAGGACGGAAGAGCCAAUACGAGUAAGCAGAAUAUAUGUGAAAACAAAAGUACUGAUUGGGGAGGAAAAAGGUACAGACACGCGUCGUAUGCAUCUCUCAUGCGGAGGAUGAAUCUUCGAGAAAAAAAAAAAAUAUUUCUUCAAUUCCAAAAUGUGUGCAUAAUUCCAUUCGAAAAUCAUCUGUUGGUAAAUAAAACAAUCGGGGAAAAUAGCCGGUACAUAAAAAAAAUAUUCACCAUGGCCUUGAAAAAUCAGCCAGCCGUUAUCAUUUUUGAUAACAUAGAUCUAUUCCUAGAGAAAAACACCAAUUACAAACAUCCUGUGGAUGAUCAAAAUGAAGAUGUGUACAAAAACAUUUACAUUUUAUUAAUACAUUAUUUGCGUACUUACGUGAAUGGAUCGAACAGAAUAAAGUUUGUCGCAACGUGUAGUGUGCAUCCCCAGUUUUUUAAAUUUUCUUUCCUCAAUUUGGUACAUCGUAUACUGUUCAUUUCGUGA